UCUCACGACUUCCUGGGAUGAGCUGCAGAGUUUGAAUCAGACAAAACCACUUGUUUAGUGAUAAUCCGGAUUAUGUUCUGAGUAAUUCAAACUCCAAGUGAUCUGACAAGACUCUGCGUCGACAGGAAUGACCGGUCUUUGUAGGAGUUUGUCCUGAGCAGCGUCCAGAGAAGUCAGCUGAGACAGCAGCUGGGGUUGGGGUGCUGCCUCCAGCCUGGAGUCUGUUGGAUUAGGAUCUUCAUCCCUGCAGAGCGGCACACAUGUCGGACCCGGCAGAGACCACCAUCAAGGUGGUUUGUCGCUUCAGGCCGCUGAACAAGUCGGAGCUGGCCAGAGGAGAUAAGUACAUCCCAAAAUUUCAGGGGGAUGACUGCGUCACUAUUGGGGGUAAACCGUACUACUUCGACCGAGUCUUCGGCUCCAGUACCACUCAGGUUCAGUUCUACAACGCUGUAGCACAGAAGAUCGUCAAAGAUGUUCUGGAGGGCUACAACGGGACAAUAUUCGCCUACGGGCAGACAUCGUCCGGGAAAACACACACAAUGGAGGGGAAACUCCACGACCCCGACAUGAUGGGAAUCAUUCCCAGAAUCGUGGAAGACAUCUUUAACUACAUUUAUUCCAUGGAUGAAAACCUGGAGUUUCAUAUCAAAGUUUCAUAUUUUGAAAUUUACUUGGACAAAAUCAAGGACCUGUUGGACGUGACGAAGACCAACCUGUCAGUGCACGAGGACAAGAACAGAGUUCCUUAUGUCAAGGGUGCGACGGAGCGUUUUGUGUGCAGCCCAGAAGAGGUCAUGGAUGCCAUAGACGAAGGCAAAAACAGCCGAAGCGUGGCUGUCACAAACAUGAACGAGCACAGUUCCAGAAGUCACAGCAUCUUCCAGAUCAACAUCAAGCAGGAGAACACUCAGACGGAGCAGAAGCUGACAGGAAAACUGUACCUGGUGGAUCUGGCCGGGAGUGAAAAGGUGGGAAAGACGGGCGCUGAGGGGACGGUGCUGGACGAGGCCAAGAUGAUCAACAAGUCGCUCUCCUCUCUGGGAAACGUGAUCUCAGCCCUGGCUGAGGGCUCGACCUAUGUGCCGUACAGAGACAGCAAGAUGACCAGGAUCCUGCAGGACUCGCUGGGAGGGAACUGCCGGACCACCAUGGUCAUCUGCUGCUCACCUUCAUCCUACAACGACGCUGAGACCAGAUCCACUCUGCUGUUCGGACAGAGAGCAAAGACCAUCAAGAACACAGUGUCUCUCAACGUGGAGCUGACUGCAGAGCAGUGGAAGAGCAAGUUCGACAAGGAGAAAGAGAAGAACAAGACGCUGAGACACACCAUAACUGUCCUGGAAGCAGAGCUGAACCGGUGGCGUGGCGGUGAGAGUGUGCCGGUGGAGGAGCAGGUGGACAAGGAAAAAGCCAAAGCAGCAGUCCAGGCAAUGGAGGCGGCGCCCACCAAUGACAAGGCUCCACCUGCACCUGCCCUCGGAGCUCUUCCUGGAGUCAAGAUGACGGAUGCGGAGAAGAGCCAGUUUGAGGCGGAGGUCACCAAACUGUACAAGGAGCUGGACGACAAGGAUGAGGAGAUAAACCAGCAGUCACAGUUGGUGGAGACACUGAAGCAGCAGAUGUUGGACCAGGAAGAGCUUCUCGCUUCAUCCAGGCGGGACCACGGCACCUUGCAGACAGAGCUCAACCGCCUCCUGGCUGAGAACGAAGCAUCCAAGGAAGAGGUGAAGGAAGUCCUCCAAGCUUUGGAGGAGUUGGCCAUGAACUACGACCAGAAGAGCCAGGAGGUGGAGGACAAAGCGCGGGAGUUUGAGGCUCUCAGUGAGGAGCUGAACCAGAAAUCUAGCUCCCUUGCCUCCAUCGACAGUGAGCUGCAGAAGCUCAAGGAGAUGACCAACCACCAGAAGAAGAGGGUCACAGAGAUGAUGUCUUCACUGCUCAAAGACCUGGCUGAGAUCGGCAUCGCUGUGGGAAGCAAUGACAUAAAGCAGCAGGAGAGCUCCGGCCUCAUCGACGAAGAGUUCACGGUGGCUCGGCUCUACAUCAGCAAGAUGAAGUCAGAGGUGAAGACGAUGGUGAAGCGCAGCAAACUCCUGGAGAGUUCGCAGGCCGAGAGCACGCAGAAGUUCGACCAGGUGGACCGAGAGCUGAGCGCGUGUCAGCUGCGGGUUUCACAGCAAGAAGCAAAGAUCAAGUCGCUGACAGAGUGCCUUCAGAAUGCAGAGCACAAGAAGCGACAGCUGGAAGAAAACAUUGACUCUCUCAAUGAAGAGAUUGUGAGGAUCAGAGCCGAGGACAAAGUCAAUGCAAUGGAGAAAGAAAAUGAGGUCCAGUCGGCCACGGAAAUGAAGGUGUGUAAACCCCUCGUGUCGAGGCGUGGUGCAGCCAGUGUGAGCAUCCCUGUGUGUGUAUGUGUGUGUGUGUGUGUCCAGGAUGCAGUGGAGAAACAGAUUCAGUCUCACAGAGAGGCCCACCUGAAGCAGAUCAGCAGCUUAAGAGACGAGCUGGACACCAAAGAGAAGCUCAUCACUGAGAUCCAAGAUCUGAACGAGAAGAUCAUGCUGGAGCAGGAACGGCUGAGAGUGGAGCAUGAAAAGCUGAAGGCCGCUGACCAGGAGAAGAGCCGCCAGUUGCAGGAGCUCACGGAAAUGCAAGACCGGAGUGAGCAAGCCCGACAGGACCUAAAGGGACUUGAGGAAACUGUGUCUCGGGAGCUGCAGAACCUUCACAACCUCAGGAGACUGUUUGUCCAGGACUUGGCCACCCGAGUCAGGAAGAACGCUCACAAUGACGACUCUGAAGUCACCACGGCCCAGAAACAGAAGAUCUGCUUCCUGGAGAGCAACCUGGAGCAGCUGAGCAAAGUCCACAAGCAGCUGCUGCGGGACAACGCCGACCUCAGAGCCGAGAUCCCCAAAAUGGAGAAGCGUCUCCGGGCCACGGCCGAGCGGGUCAAGGCUCUGGAGUCGGCCCUCAAGGAAGCCAAAGAGAUCGCAGCCCGGGAGCACAAGCGCUACCAGCAGGAGAUGGAGCGGAUUAAGGACGCCGCCAGACCCAAGAACAUGGGCCGAAGACUCUCAGCUCAGAUAGCUAAGCCCAUCCGACCAGGUCAGCUGCCCGGAGCUUCCCCCCUGAUCUCCAGGUCCAACAUCAUCCAGAACAACCAGUCUGGUGGCAUCAAAGGAGGCGGCAACAACAGUAACUACUGAACCUCAGACGUGUCAGUCCACUGCGCCACAGCCAUUGUGUGUAUAUGCCUGUACAUAGAGACAACACAACUCACCUAUCACAACCUUCUAAUGCGCAUAUCCCCCCUCCACUGUUCCCCCUGGAUAUUUAAAUGUACUGUUUCAAUGAUAUUUUACCGUCUGUGCCUUCGUAACCAUCAGUUUUUCAACUCUGCUCUCGCUAUUUAAACUAUAGAUGCAAUAAUUUUGUAAAAUAACCUGCUAAACAAAGGCAACAUCAGCAGCCAGCAUGGAACAAAUUUGUAAAAGUGUUAUCUAUCAUAUAAAUUAUCUUUCAAGUUGCAAUAAUUAUGAAGAAAACACUGCUGUGAUCACUUGCACAACACCGCAUGAGCCCCAUGAGUAUUCAUAUUAUUCUAUUUAACAAAAUAGUGUAACAAAUUUAAAAAUGUCUCGGUCACUAUUGUGAUUU